AUGGCCCCAGGCUCAGCUCCCAAGGCCGCCAGGGCCCCUGCUAUCAGUGCCGCCAACGUCACCUCCAAGGCUACCUCUGCUCAGGCGGCUUACAAUCUGGCCAGGGUUGGCGCUGGUGGACAACCUGUGCUCUCGAACCCGAAUGCUCACACAACAGCCCAGUUGGUGCCCACUGAGGACCCUGCCCCGAGCGAACCACCCGAGGCGAACGGCUCCCCCGAGCUCCAAUAUGCGGGUAUGCCACAGGCUGACUAUGUCGACUCCAUGGAGCUUGCGGGGCAGCCCUACAAAGACGGGCGGAUAAGAAACCCAGUCCCCAGCAAGCUGAAGGGAAAGACGAGCAACUCAUCGGGUAGCUUUGGUGUGAUGCACAUGGAUAUCAAGGGCAAAGACCUCGCUACGGAUAGGGACGCCGCCGCGAAACGCACGAGUGAGAACACGGCUUUGGCGGCCAGGAUGGCUUACCAGAGCGGCUAUCAACCGCACAGGAAAUCAAACUGGAUGAGGAUACCUGAGGAAACGCCCGAACCUGGCGUCCCUUUCACCGGGACGACUCCAUAUGAUCAUGCACUGUACGGUCUGAAACAACCAGCACCAAACCCUCCAAGAGAGACGACUGUGACGCCGGUGGCGCCCGCGCCCUCAGCGGCACCAACGGCACCAGUGGCACCAGUGGCUCAGGGGGCAGGAAUGGCAACCAACGAGAUUCAACCCUUGACACCUGGCGAGACGAAGGAGCAACAGGCGCGAUUGCUCACACUCCUCCGGACCUUGCAACCCGUGGCUGUCGUCGACCAGCUCUGCAAGGCGUUGGCUUAUUUUGGCGGUGUCCCUGAAGCUCCUCCUCCCCAGGAUGGCAAAUUCCCUGAAAGUGCCGAGGCGAAUGGUUCGGGCGCUGUCUUCGUUGGCUGGGUCGCAGAGAUAUUCCCCGAUCUCGAUGCUCAAGGAAGACGCAAGACCAGGCCGAUUCGCGUUCCCGACCCUUCUAUUGCUGCUGCUGCUGCUGCUGCUGCUGCUGCUGCCGCUGCCGCCGCUGCAGCUUCCGCACCUGCCGUGGCCGCCGCUCCUGUACAGACCGUCGAAAAGCGAGGGCGCGGCAGGCCCAAGGGCAGUAAGGCUACUAAAUUCAGGAGUGACAAGGGUGUGAAGAAAGGCCCUAAAAAGCCAUCAGCUGGCGAAGGUCCGGAAGGCAAUGGCGCGGAGAACGACGACAGUUGGGUGGAUGCGGAUGACACAGUCGUGGGCAAGGAUCAAGAUAUUGUUGUCACGAGCGAACAGGCGCCGCAGCCACCACCGGAACUUCAGAUUCUACCCAACGAAGCAGAGCUGACAUCCAGCGCCAAGAAAAGGGGCCGACCCAAGGGCUCAAAAGGGAAGAACAAGGACGGGAACGCUGUGACAGAGAAUGGCUCGAGCACCAAUCCUCAGCCGAUCUCCGCGUUAUUCAGCCUCGGCAAGAAGACAGGCCGCUCAAAAGGCUCGAAACCUCGGUCGAAGGAGACUGCAGCCAACCCUUCAGCCACGACGCUUGCGGCUGGGACCGCCCAGGCGUUAGCUACAGAAGGCCAGAGUGCUGCAGGUUCGGAACCACAACAACAGGGUGAGCCUGAAUUUGCGCUGGCUGCCCUGCAAGCCUUCAACGAGUCGCAUGCGAUUGAGACGGGACAACAGCCAGGCUCGUUCCAACCUGUGAACACUUCUGCGCCAUCCGCGCCGGCUGCGCCCGGGACGCAACAGGCGAAGGCCAAAAAGGCCAGUGCUGCUAAGAACGGCGAGAAGGCACAGCCGGCUAAGAAGCGCAAGAGAAACGCAAAGGACAACGACGCUACCCACAGCCAAGCAGCGCCUUUAAGCGUCCAUCCGACAAGCGACGAGGUACCCAACAACGCAGCUCAGGUUUCUGUCAACGGGAAUGGAGCUCAUGAGAGCACCAUUGUAGACCCAACAGUGACGGCCCCGCCAGCUCCGAAACGACAGCGGAAGUCGAAGGCGAAGUCUGCAGCUAACUCUGCAGCGAGAACCGCGCCUGUUGCCGACCAAAAUGCUGCAGCAGUGAGUGUUCCACAGGUAACUCAGGCUCCUGCACCGCCCGCGCCGGCAGCUCAACCACCCACCGACGCUCAGGGAUACACCAGUCCAACCAUCGAGGAACUCACGGCUCAGCUAGAUCAGCAUGAGGAGCAGAGCUUUCGCACCCCUGAGGUCGCCACCAUGCGAGCUCCUACGAGGCAGGCCCAGUCAUCACAAUCUGGACAAGCCCAAGCCCAACCUCAGCCGCCGCCACGGCCGACUCAGCAAGUUCAACCGCAACAAGUUCAGCAACCAAAGGUCGUUCAAGCAGGCCAACAAAUAGGUGACCAGCAACAGCGGCAAGCUGCCAUUGCGCGCCAGAGGCAGCAUUACCAUCAGCAGCAGCAGCAACAGGCACAGCAACAGGCAGCGCAGCAGGCACAGCAACAAGCUGGGGCACGGACGGCUUCACCCAGCGUCAACAACAUCCCCACGGCUUCACCACACCUGAGUGUUCAGUCUGUCUCUCCCAGCAUCAACCCGGCCCACUCGGUGUCCCCAAGCCUACAUCAACAGCGCGUCUCGAACUCUCAGACGCCGACGUCUGUGACCUCACAGGUCCAGGGCCAGCAAGCACGGAACUCACAGGCCUACUACGCUCAACAAAACCCCUCAACGCAGUCGCAGUACGGCCAGCAGCAAGCUCAGCAGUACACAACCCCGCAGUCAAAACAGCAGUACAACUUGCAGCAACCCCAACAACAGCAGAACUACUCGACACAGUCACCGUCGCAACAGCCACAAAGCUUCAGUGCCCAGCAGCCACAGCCGCAGUACUCCCAGCAAAAGCAGCAAUCUUACUCGGCGCAGCACCCCCAGCAACAGUACAAUCAGGAGUCACAACAAUACUCGUCCCAGCAACGCGUUCAGCAGCCUCAAUACACCGCCACCUCAACUGCGACACCGUCUCAGACCAUGGCUUCGCAGUCCCCACAGUAUGGUGCUUCUGCCACGCCAGCAUAUAACUCCAAUGAUGGGGCAUUCCGCGCCAGCUCAUCGGGCGGCAUGAACUUUGGCACCUCCACGUAUGGGACGAGCCAGUCGUCCAGUGCGCCGAGGUCCAAUAACUUGUAUCAGUCACCCGCGACAAAUUCCUACAGCAGCCCCAACCAGCAAAUCUCGUCCUACGCAACCAGUCGUCGACAUCUGCCGGCAAGCACGUCGCAGCACACACCCGUGCAGAAUGUGCAGAGCUUGCCGCAAAACAUCGGCGGCUUCUCCGACUUUGGCAGCCUUGGCUUCGACAUGGCGAGCCUUGACAACUCGGCGGCCAGCCACAGCAGUCUGGGUCUCAAUGCUGCGCCUUACAACAUCAGCGCCGGAAACGUGUCGGGAAGGUCAUCGGCUGGCGCGACCAACUUCUCUUCAAUGAACAGCUUCGACUCGACUCUCCGUAACGACGCCUACUCCGGCUAUGGGCUUCAGAGUCGGAGAUAG